GAUUUUACGACAGUCUGUCGUGCGAUAUACCGUACACGUACACUUAAGCUUUUGAGAGCAAGCUGAGUGAACUCGUGUGCUGUUGAGUAAAGGCUGCAGUGGAUUUUUUCACGUUGUACUGCUUUUAGUCUGUUAUUUCCUGGUCAUUAGACAUGUUUAAAAAAUUUGAUGAAAAAGAAAGUGUAUCAAACUGCAUACAGCUUAAAACAUCAAUAAUCAAAGGCAUUAAAAAUCAGCUCAUUGAUCAGUUUCCAGAUAUUGAGUCAUGGCUCAGCCAGAUUAUGCCAAAGAAAGACCCAGUUAAAAUCGUCAAAUGCCAUGAACAUGUUGAAAUUCUUACAGUAAAUGGAGAGUUGUUAUUCUUCAGGCAAAGAGAAGGACCUUUUUACCCAACCCUGAGGUUACUUCACAAAUAUCCUUUUAUUCUUCCACAUCAGCAAGUAGAUAAAGGUGCCAUAAAGUUUGUUCUUAGUGGAGCUAAUAUAAUGUGUCCUGGCUUGACAUCUCCUGGAGCCAAACUCUAUCCAUGUGAAGCUGAAAAAGUAGUUGCAGUGAUGGCAGAAGGUAAACAGCAUGCUCUCUGUGUGGGAGUUAUGAAGAUGUCUGCACAAGAUAUUGAGAAGGUUAACAAAGGAAUUGGCAUUGAAAAUAUUCAUUAUCUAAAUGAUGGACUCUGGCACAUGAAGACAUACAAGUGAAUGAACCACCAUGUAGAACUACUUUACAGGACUUUGGACCACUUGUGGUUAGAACUAGCAGAUACCACAGGAGCACACCAGUUAUUUAUCAUGGUUGCUUCUUUUUUUACAUCGUGAGACCGAUGAGUAAAAAUGUUUCAAAUGUAGAGUAAAUAAAUUAUUGCAAUUUGAUUAAUUUGUUGCUGUAGCUACAUAUCACUUCUCCGUGUUUACAGUAAGACUACAAUAAAUUGUACUUACAGUGCAUGUUAUUUUA